UAUUUGAGUUGACACAUUUAGGGGUUAGUCAUCUCCGUUAUUCAUAAGGGCAUGGAAAUUAGUGUUCUAAAAAAUAUUUACUCUAGAUUUUAAUUGAAUAAUACUCUCUAACAGUAAGACUCCAAACCCUGGAAAUCAAAUUUACUUAAAUCAUCAUGCAAGACCCAAAUGAAGAUACCGAGUGGAAUGACAUUCUUAGACGAAAGGGAAUUAUUCCUGAAAAAGAAAAGGAUAAGGAAAUAACUGAGGAUCAAAUUGUCGAUAUUCUGGAAAGUACAAUAGACCAGAAAACUGGACGCGAAAUAAAGAAUUUAGAGGAUAAAACACUAGACGAGCUUGAUGAACUCGAGGAUGAAGAAGAUGAAAAAGUUUUGUUGGAGUAUCGACGGAAAAGGAUAGCAGAAAUUCAAGCUUUAGCCAACAAAGCGAAAUAUGGAGACGUCCGGGAAAUUUCGGCUCAAGAUUACGUCCAAGAAGUCAAUAAAGCCGGAGAAGACAUUUACGUCGUUUUGCACCUUUACAAACCCGGAAUUCCCCUCUGCAGCCUAAUAAAUCAGUAUUUGUCAAAUUUGGCGAGGAAAUUCCCAAUGACAAAAUUUCUCAAGAGUAUUUCUACAACCUGUAUUCCCAAUUGGCCAGAUAGCAAGGUUCCAACUAUUUUUGUAUAUCGCAAUGGAGAGAUGCUUAAACAAUUUAUUGGCCCGGUUGAGUUGCGAGGAAUGAAAUUAACCGUAGAGGAAUUAGAAUGGAUGCUUGGUGAAGCCGAGGCAGUGCCUACUAAAAUAAAAGAUGAUCCGAAACCGAAAGUGCGCGAUGUGCUUUUUUCACGAUUAAAUGAACAGAAAAAUGAUCUUUCUGACACCAAUGACUGGUGAUGAUAUUUUUAAUAAAUAUUUAAUAUUUAUCCACAAAAUAUUGCGCCGAUUGUUAAUUUUUUUUUUAACAAUUUCAUAAAGUUUAUAUUUAUUUUUAUUGUCAGCUUCAGUGUGACUCUGAAAUUUUUAAUAAUUAUUGACUCAAAAGAGAGUCUCAUUAAUAAAUAUAUCGAAAUAAUUAUGACCAUUUGUUAAAAGUGACAUGAGAAAAAGAAUAUUUGUAAAAAAAAAAGAAUGUGAAAGCAUUUAGUUUGUUAACGUUUUUCUAUGAAAAAUAAAAAUUAUUUACUAUCGA